AUGGCGGAGGUGUUUCAGAAGAAGCUUCAGGGGGAAUUGGAGAAGUACCAGCAGCUACAGAAGGACUUGAGUAAGUCUAUGUCUAGUCGACAGAAGCUAGAGGCACAACUGACAGAAAAUAACAUUGUGAAAGAGGAGUUAGCAUUACUGGAUGGGUCCAAUGUAGUGUUUAAGCUUCUGGGCCCAGUCUUGGUCAAACAGGAACUGGGGGAGGCUCAAGCUACUGUGGGCAAGAGACUGGACUAUAUUACAGCAGAGAUUAAAGGAGACCUUGAGAAACAGUCUGAAAAACAACAUGAAGCCCUGGCUCAGUUGCAGCAGGAGUUCCAGCAUGCCCAGGCUGUCAAGGCAGGGUCUAUGGGAAAGGCUUGA